AUGGCGACCUCGAAAUCCAAGGCCCCGGUCACAACAGAAACGAACGCACGGGGAAUCCCCGUUGCGCCAUUUAUCGAUAAUGUGAGCGACUAUGUCUCCUCACGCGACGAGGUCGAGCCCACCCUCCGCUCGUUCCAAGAGAUGAUCUCCAAGUACCAGUUCAUGGAGGUCAACACCCAGCGCCGCGGGCAGGGGCUGCGCGAGAAGAUCCCAGACAUCAAGAAGACCUUGGAGAUGGUGCGGUUUUUGAAGUUGCGCAAGGAGGCCACCCCAGACUCCGACCUCGAGACUAACUUUGAACUCAAUGAUACCCUCUACGCCCGUGCUUCGAUCUCCCCUGCUGAUACCGAGGAGGUAUACUUGUGGCUCGGCGCGAACGUCAUGCUCGCCUACCCGCUGGACGAGGCCGAGACGAUGCUUGCGGAGAAGUUGUCGGCCGCGGAGGCGAGUCUGAAUAACUGUGAGGAAGACCUGGAGUUCUUGCGUGAGCAGAUCACGACACUGGAGGUCGCGACGGCGCGGGUGUAUAACUGGGACGUGGUACAACGACGCAAAGACAAGGCUGAUGGGAAAGGGGAGGAUGCGAAGAUAAAUUGA